AGGCCUCCAAAUUCAUCAUGGAGAACACCGCACACAUCGUCACCCCUCGUGGGGAUCAUACCCAAACGAUCAUAUUACUCCACGGCCGGGACAGUAUUGCAUCGGAAUUCGCGGAAGAAUUCUUCGAGAGUCAGGCGUCAGACGAUCGUACCCUACCAGAAAUAUUUCCCACAACAAGAUGGGUUUUCCCGACUUCGAAGAUCCGGAACUCGGCACGCUUUGAAGCUCCGAUGUCUCAAUGGUUUGAUAUGUGGUCGGUGGAAAAUCACUUGGAAAAGAAUGAGAUUCAGAUUGAUGGAUUGAGAGAAAGUGUUAAGGAGGUUCUUGAUCUUAUUCGGACUGAAGCUGCAUUGAUCUCACCCGACCAAAUUAUCCUCGGCGGGAUCAGUCAAGGAUGCGCUACUGCAAUACACACCUUGCUGUACGGCGGAAUACGGCUCGGUGGGUUCAUUGGACUUAGCAGCUGGCUUCCAUUUGAGCCAGAAAUCGCCACAACUAGGGCAAACGACAAGGCAUGGAGUAUGGUUGGGAACAGACUGCACUACAGCCACAAGAUGCUCAACACACCCACAGAUCAAGCCAAGACGGCAUCAGUGCUUUCGGACUUUAGCUCCACUUCCGUGCUCGAGACCCCGGUCUUCUUAUCACACUCCCAGGACGACGAUGUUGUUCCUAUUGCCAAUGGAAAGAAGUUAUCCACGACAUUGGAACAACUUGGCAUGGCGGUUUCGUGGAAACCGUACGAAGAUGGAGGACACUGGGUCAAUGAACCUCAAGGAGUGGAUGACAUCGUAUCAUUCAUUCGUGUCGUCGAGUCCAGCAAAAACGCAUGGAGGGAGAAAUUCAAUCCCUUCGAAAGUGCAAACAGUAAAAUACAGUAG